AAAAAAUCAAUUUUUUCUCCAACAAAACGAUCAUUUCAGAUCAGUCGAAUCCUUGAAACAAUUGUACACAAUCAGCAUGGACGUCCACCAGAGAUACAGAACCGAAGCCCACCAAGACAUAGUCCCCAGAUUCAAUGAAAGAUUCCUAUUGUCUUUGGCUUCAUGUAAAAGAUGUUUAGUGGUGGAUGAUCAGCUCAGAGUCUUACCAGUAUCCUCCCACAAUCUUCAUGUAACUCCUGUAGAAGCUUCACAAGAAGAAUCAGAAAACGAGCUGCAACUGAAUGAGUUAAAACAACAAUUACGUGACACUCAGCCUGUUGGCAAUUUGGUCAAUUGUUGCAAGACUUUAGAUCAAGGCAAGGCCUUAUUAAAGUUCAUUGAAGCUAUUUCAGAGAAGACUUUAAGGUCUACAGUGUCAUUGACAGCUGCAAGAGGUAGAGGCAAAUCAGCUGCAUUAGGCCUAGCAGUUUCAGCUGCUGUAGCCUUUGGUUAUUCAAACAUUUUUGUAACAAGUCCAAGUCCCGAAAACCUAAACACCUUUUUUGAGUUUGUCUUUAAAGGUUUUGAUGCCUUAGAGUAUCAAGAACAUAUUGACUAUGGAUUGGUGCAAAGCACCAAUCCAGAAUUCAAUAAGGCAAUUGUCAGAGUCAACAUUAUCAGAGACCAUAGGCAAACUAUUCAAUAUAUUCAUCCAACUGAUGCACAUAAGCUUGCGCAAGCUGAAUUGUUGGUUAUUGAUGAAGCAGCUGCUAUUCCAUUGCCUUUUGUAAAAACAAUGCUUGGGCCUUAUUUAGUAUUUUUAGCUUCAACAAUCAAUGGUUAUGAAGGCACCGGAAGGUCUCUGUCUUUGAAAUUGUUGAAUCAGUUACGUGUCCAAACUGUUCCAGUGGGAGCAAACACAAAUGCAUCAAAAAAGAAAGAAUCAGUUGCAGCAACAGGGAGGACCCUACACGAAGUUACUUUAAAUGAGUCAAUUCGUUACAAGCCAGGGGAUGAAGUUGAAAUUUGGCUCACGCAACUAUUAUGUCUGGAUUCUACUUCAGUAGCCCCAUUACUAAGCGGAUGUCCAGCUCCUGACAAUUGUGACUUGUACUACAUCAAUAGGGAUACGUUAUUUUGCUAUCACAAAGCUUCUGAGAGGUUUUUGCAAAGACUAGUGGCUUUGUAUGUGAGUUCACACUACAAGAAUAGUCCUAAUGAUUUGCAAAUGAUGUCUGAUGCCCCUGCGCACCACUUGUUUUGUCUUUUGGGGCCUGUGGAUCCUAAUAGGAGCAGUUUACCGGAAGUAUUAGUGUUUAUACAGGUUUGCUUGGAAGGCGAAAUCUCCAAAUCCAGCGUCCAAGAAGGCUUUUCCAGAGGCAAACGCGCCUCCGGAGACUUAAUCCCGUGGACAGUAGCCCAGCAAUAUCAAGACGCCGACUUUCCAAAACUGGCAGGAGCCAGAAUCGUACGAAUAGCAACUCAUCCAGACUACCAAGGCAUGGGCUAUGGGGCAAGAGCCUUGGAUUUGUUAAAACGUUAUUACGAAAUGAAGAUUCCUAGUUUGGAAACAAAUGUGGAUGUGCCUGAGACAAUUGAAACUGUUGACAAUGAAACUAUUGGACUUUUGGAAGAAACUAUUGAGCCAAAAAAAUCUCUUCCACCUCUGCUACUUAAACUAAGCGAAAGGCCUCCAGAAAAACUAGACUAUUUAGGAGUUUCCUUUGGCCUAACUGAGCCUCUAUUAAAAUUCUGGAAACGUGCCAAUUUUGUGCCAGUUUACUUGAGACAAACAACCAAUGACUUAACAGGUGAACACUCUUGUAUAAUGCUUGAUGUAUUAAACCAGGAAGAUGCUCAACAACAUCAAUGGCUCACAGCUUACUGGACCGAUUUCCGUAGAAGAUUCAUCAACUUGUUGGCCUAUCAAUUUCGUAAAUUUUCUCCUAGUUUGGCUUUGGGGGUACUAACCAAUAAGGCAGCCAAAUUAAGCCACACAGAUUUAAACAAAGACCAAUUGAAUUUGCAUAUAACAAACUAUGAUUUAAAAAGGCUGGAAAUGUAUAGUAGGAAUUUGGUUGAUUAUCAUUUGAUUAUGGAUUUGUUGCCCACAUUAGCAAGAAGAUAUUUCUUAAAUGAAAUGGGUGAUGUUCAAAUAUCUGCAGUGCAAUCUGCUAUUGUAUUGGGGCUUGGUUUGCAACAUAAAACCGUUGAUGAAUUGGCUGUUGACUUAGAUUUGCCCUCCUCACAACUUUUAGGAUUAUUCAACCGAACAAUGAGAAAAUUCCAGCAAUAUUUGCACUCAAUUCUAGAAAAAGAUGUUGAGCAAUCGUUGCAGCCUCAAAAAGAAGUCGAUUUAACUCCAGUAGCUAAAAGCAUGCAAGAUGAACUAGAAGAAGCAGCCAAGGAUUUGCAAAAGAAGCAGAAAAAAGAGCUGGAAAAACUAAAAAAGGAAAACCUGGAACAGUUUGUCAUUAAAGGUUCAGAAGACGAAUGGAGCAAAGCACUGACUGGCAAAACCAAAAAGAGCAUCAUUACGGUUAAAAGUGGGGAAAAACGGGUACACGACAACAAAAACAAGAGCAUAGUGGGCCUGGAAGAAGGAAGUCCUGCUACAAAAAAGAAGAAAAUUAAAAACAAGACAAAACAUUAAAAAAAUGUUAAUAAAUGUUUAAUAAUUAA